UGGGGAGUCCGCUGCAGUGAGGCAGCAGGCAGCAAGAGGUCGAUGGUUCUCUGGCAAAGAGGCUGGUUGGGCGUCGGGGACGCCGGCAGGUGAGCCAUGGAGAGAUGCAAAAGAGAUAGCAGGGAAGACAGGAGACUAGCGUUGGAGUCAAACUAUGAGAUCGUUGGAGUAAAUAGAAUCGGGACUGAACUAAGACAGGACUCUGACAAGACUAAGACUCGACUAAUGCUUAGAAUAUAAGUACAAGAAGUCAAACGAGGCGCUAUUACACGCAACGAUCUGACAAUGGACAAGAGACCACUGGGAGCUAAAGUAGAGGGCGUAAGCGAUUACCUAACGGGAAACAGUUUAACUCUGUUCGCUAAGAUCUGUGAGAAGACGGUUCUAAAGCGGGUUCUGAAGGAGCUGUGGAAGCUGGUCAUGAACACAAUGGAGAAAACCAUUGUCUUACCGCCGCUGACCGACCAAACGGGAACACAGCUCAUCUUUAACGCUGCAAAGGAGUUGGGUCAGCUCUCUAAAUUGAAGGAGCACAUGGUGCGAGAGGAGGCAAAGGCUCUGACCCCUAAACAGUGUGCUGUCAUUGAGCUGGCGCUGGACACUAUAAAGCAAUACUUUCAUGCUGGUGGUGUGGGCUUGAAAAAGACGUUUUUGGAGAAGAGUCCAGACCUGCAGUCUCUGCGUUACGCUCUCUCUCUCUACACACAAGCCACCGACAAACUCAUCAGGAAAUUUGUUCUGUCCCAGCACACUCAGGUUCAUGGAGGUAAAGGUGUACGCUACACCAACAGUGAAGAUGUUUAUCCAGAGAAAGCAUCAGGUGUGGAGGAUGUAGUGGGUGAAGUUUGUAUGACCGUAGAAAUCUUCAGUGACCCGAACACAAGUGGACACAAGAUCACUGUUAAAGUUGUGGCAGCCAAUGAUCUUCGCUGGCAGACCCAGGGUAUUUUCCGGCCCUUCGUGGAGGUGUACAUCAUCGGUCCUCACCUCAGUGACAAGAAGAGAAAGUUUGCCACCAAAUCCAAGAACAACAGCUGGUCGCCCAAAUUCAAUGAAUCCUUUCAAUUUGUUCUGGGCAGUGAGUUGGGUCCCGAGGGUUACGAGCUGCAGGUCUGUGUGAAGGAUUACUGUUUCGCUCGUGAGGACCGGACCGUCGGCAUGGCUGUCCUGCAGCUAAAGGACCUGGCGUCCCGGAGCAGCGCGGCGUGUUGGCUCCCGCUCGGCAAACGUGUUCACAUGGACGAGACGGGUCUCACCGUUCUCCGGAUCCUUUCCCAGCGCAACAACGACGAGGUGGCCAAAGAGUUCGGCAAACUCAAAUCUGACCAGCGCUCGGCAGAAGAGGGCAGGGGAAGUUAAAGACGUGAGCUUCAGUGAGAGUCCAGACACAUGCAGAAGAGUCGAGAAACUGCCCGAAAACACAUGGCCAUAUAAACACAGACAUACAUCUGCACAGACUUAUGCAACGCGGUUUGAUUUAAGCAAAUAAUGAUGUCGACAUAAACCACACAUAGAGAUGUCAUGACAUCAAAAUAUACCCGUUGACUUUUUAAGUACUUUUGGGAAUGUUGAAGCCAAAUAGUUUAGUCAUUCUUGAAGGCAACUGCGAGACGGCGGUCCAAUGUGGCAUCUACAUGUACAUACUGUAUCUGUGGUUAAUACAAAGCUGUGGUUAAUUAAAAAAGCUAAUAUAACUUUUUAAAAUCACGGCAAUAGUUAAUAGUUAACAUUCAUGUUAUACAUUACAUUUGUACAUUUUAUCCGAUUCACAGUAUACAUUUUGUUCAGUGAAGCAGUGAUCUUUGCGCUGCAAACCCGAUGCUCUGCACAUUGAGCUACAGGCAAUAAUAACAAAACACAACAGAUUCUUACGAGUGCUUGUGUUUCAGCAGAGAGUACAUCCCCCACAAUGCACUGCGAAAAAUGUCAUUAUUGACAUCUAGACAGGUUCAGGUUGAGUUUAAUAUUCUGUCUUGAACACACUCGUUAGUCCUCAGAAAAUUAUGUUGUUUUGUUAUGUUCGUAUUUUGCACCCUAGGCGUAGUGUUUGAGAUUGACAGACAAAAGAGUUUCAGUACAGUCUCUGAUUGGUGCAUAACAUAAUCUCCAACCAAUCAGAGAGGAUGUCAUUGUUUGCCAAACAUCUUAAAGGUCAUUCCGAUCAGAUGUCAGAUUUGCAUAAUUUUCUUCUAAAAUUGAAGUUAAAAUUAUUCACUUGAAGCAACACUGUUAGAAUAUUCCUGACGUGAACGCGGCAUGCAUUCGUGUGGCUGAUGUAAAUGUUGUUCAUGUUUUGAUGGAGAAUUACUGCAAUACUUCCCAUUAGAGAAGAACAUUAUGUUCUUUACAUGACAUCGCGUCCUUGAGGUACCGCAGUACCCACAAACCCCCACAGCAUCACCUGUGUUCUUCAGACAGACUAUUGAAGUCUUGUGUUUUAUUUGUACUUUCUGCAUGUUAGUCUGUCAGUCGUUCUGUGUCUCUGCACUGCUCUCUUUUGUCUUCAGCAUGAUGAAGAUACGCCUUACAAACACUGUGACUCAAUAACACGUGCCACUUCAGAUUAUAUGGCCAACCGUCGCUGUGCAUUAUGGGCCUUUUGUUUGUUUGUUUGUUUGCGUAACUACAUGGUGAAUCUUCGCUGGACAUCCAAAAAUAGUACAUUGAUGAGAAGAUGAGAAUUUGCAUGAUGAAAAUUAGAAACUCAAAAAACAUGUUUUCAUUUAAAGGGAGAGUUUACCCAUAAAAUGAAAGUUCUUUCUUUAUUCAUUGUUAUAUCAAACCUGUGUGAUUUUCUCUCUUUUUCAGAACAUUAAAGAAGAUAUUUUGAAGAGCGUUGAUAAUCAAACGACACUGAGCUCCAUUGACUUCCAUUGAAUGGACAGAAAACCACUGAGAUAUUUCUCAAAAUAUCUUCUUUUGUGUUCAACUGAAGAAAGAGUGGGGAAAACAUGAGGGGGAAUAAACAAAGACAGUAGAUGUUCUGGGUGAACUGUCACUUUAAGUGAAGUGUGUAAGCCAUGCACAAUUGCACAUGUUUAGCACAUGUUAGUGUUGUAAGUGUGAGUAUGUAUCAGGUGUCAAGACUGAAGAAACUCAAGCUAAGACAUGAUCACUUCAUUCAGUUUCAGGUGCUCGUGCGUUUGAUCUCCUGUGUUCUUUAUUGAUCUGAGAUGCCAAAAAGCACCUUCUUACAUUCAGGAUUAGAGUUGUAUGAUCACGAUCAGAGCAGUGUUUUUCUGUUUGUGACAUGAGUUCUUCUGCGACGACUCAUAAUUCUGUAUUGAUUCUACAGCAAUACAAUGAAAGAAAAGUGAAACGGGGCGACAGUGACACUCCAAAAAAAAAGUAGAUCCUGUCAGUUUACCAGCCAUAUGAGCUUCUGACAUGAGUCAUAAACGUGUUGCAUGUGGAUUGUGAAGUAUAAUCUCAAGUCAUAUAAAAUUGUUGUGUGAGAAACAUUCUUAAAUGCAUUCACAGAAAAGUUUUCCUCAAAUCACCAAAAAUGAGUAUACUUUUGAAUAUACUUCAUGUUGUAUUUUCAAAUGCAGACACGACAAAUCUAUCAAGGGUUUGUUUGGUUGACAGAAGUGAGCAAGUUGCUCAUAGACAGACAUUCCGAACUAAAUCCCAGUUGAUUUAUGACACGUGUGUUAGCUGACACUUCACUCAGAAUGUUUACGAUGCACAGCACAAGAUACUUGCAUUUCUCUUUCUGUCGCUUUUCACAGCAGAAUACUCGGUCAAGUAACAUUGUGUUAUUAACGCUUCUUUCAUUCACUGUAGUUUCUUUAUUUUCUCACCCUCAUGUCACUCCAAACCUGGUUGAUCUUUUCAUUCAUAAAAACAAAGAGACGUUUUGAAGUUGUUUUCCACAAGAUCUACACGACACAUCUGUAUUACAAGUUCUCUCAAGUUACACAAUGAGAUAUCCGUAAUGAUGAUUGAAACUUCAUGUUGCAUCUCACACAAAAGCUUUUCCUCACAGAAAAACGCAUGAACUUCACAUGGGAAUUUAAAUAGAAUUCACACAAAUGUUGUAAAACAACACGUGACCAAAUGUUUUUGCACAUGUGACGUUCAUGUGGCUUUUAUGUAGGGCAGUGUGUGAUUUUAUUUACAAGACGGAAAAUUACGUGGUUUGUUUGCUUACUUUUAUUUGUGGAGCUUGACAGAUACAUUGUAUAGUAGGCUAAUCAAUUGUGUAAUCAAUGUUCAAUUGACUAAUAAAUUUAUCAAUAGGCAUUCCUUAAUUUGACAGAACUUUGAGCCAAAAUUUAGAUGCAAUGAGUCACUAGGAGAGGUCUGAAAUGUAUUCUAUAGAAGAACUUUCAGCAUACAGGUUACACGAGGGCGAGUAAAUGAGAACUUUCUUUUGUUCGGGGGGGAAUAAGUUUUUGUCUUUAACUCCUAAGCACUUGUUAAAAUUGUCUAAACCACAGAUGGCUUGAUUUCCAUUCAAACCAAAUGUUACACAGCCAUUGAAUGUUAAUUCACACAAGCCUUGACAUUAGAGACCACAGCGAGUAAAGAACCCGUCUGCCUUCACACACAUGACACACACACACACGCUGAAGCACAAUGAAGUGAACUCAUAUGCAUGUGUAUGCAUGCCCACGGACAGUGCUGCCAAGCUGUCAAUAAAACCAAGUGCAUGAUGGGAAAUACUGUAAAUUGUGCCAGCACGCGUCUCUUCAAUGUUAACCUGCCAGUUAUGGACACGUGGGAAUUGAUUUUAAGAUGAUAUUUCACUAUGUAUUUAUUUUACAAAAGAAGCACUUGUGAAUAACAGAUCUGAUAUUCAUGUCUUGGGUGUUUUUAUACCGGGGUGUUUCUAAUUUUCAUUUCUAGUCAUGAUUGUUAUUAUUGAGGAUGAUGGUGGAUUACUGCAGCAUUUGCUUCCUAUUAAAACAAUGAUAAACUCA